AUUAUUUUCUGUUCUCCCUCCCGUUCUCCGUGCCCGGCCUUAGUGCACGUAUUUGCAGGCGAGCUUGUGGUCUGGUCCCCGUCCGCGGUCUCGACACAGCACAUCAGCACCCAGUCGUUCGUUCAUUCUGCAUCGCCGGGUCUCUUUUUUUCUUCCCCUCCCCAUCCAAUCGAGCCUGCCCCGGCUCCAUUCUCUCGUUAUACCGUUAAUACUGUUUGUUGGCACUCAUCGUCAUUGCCAUUGUCAUCUUCCAUUCUAUAUACCUUGUAUUCUCGGACGACGAGGUUCCAGCCCGGCUUUUGCCCCUUGGUCGUCGCAACAAGCCCAAGCUCCGCGCAACCGCCGCCCUGUUGUUGACCUGUUAUCGUCUCAACUCCUCCCUUAUUUUUCUCCUUCUACUGUUUCCACUAAGCGUUACUAUCCUCUCUCCCUCUCAAGACGAAACAUUGAGACGAAUCGUGCAUUCGCUCUUCGUUCCUCCUAAUAAUCAGCCUCGCCUCCGUGCAGCUGUUGCAUGACCGGCCUGCCCAACCAUCAAGGCAUUCACCACCGAGCCUGGGCCACGUACGGAAAAAUUUGGCCGAUCAGUGUUCGCGUCACAUCUGUCACCUUGAUUCACCUUGACUCAGCUCGCCAGAUCCCUCCACGCCAUUUCCUGAGCCAACCCGAGAUUUCGAGAGAGCAACCCUUUAGCCCGGCCGCCCUCCGUCAUACAAGGCCAGUCUGCCGACCGCAGUUGCCUUAGAAAUAGGGACUGCAGCCCCCCCUCUCCUACCGCCCACCAGUCCGCAGGCUGUCUCGUCGUGACGAGCGGCCCUGGUCAUACAGCUCUUCUAUAUGCCCAGGUUUCCGGUCUCGUUCGGCAAGCGGAGGUCCACCGCAGACAGUCACGACCAUGCACCGGCAGAACCUUCGUUCCGCGUCCUGGAGAGGACAGACGCCAGCAAUGUCAAAUCCUUCGACGGCGGCAAGAGGAUGAUGUCGGCCGCCAAGACCUACCAGCCGGUCAAGACGGCUAUGUCCGUCGACCUCAGCCCCAUGGACGACAACAUCUUCCUUGACAUGAAGAACAAUCGCGGCAGCGGCGUCUCCAACAACACUGCCAAGUCAUCCCUAACGGAUACCUCCUCACGCCACAGCAACGCUUCUACAGCGCCCUCCUCCACCACCGAUCUCACCCCAUUGGACGACGCCAAAACCCCCGCCAGGAAGCAGUACGAUAACGGAUCCGGCAUUCCCGCUGUGCCGCCACUGCCGAAGAAUUCGCCCAACGGCUUUCUACGAGCUGCCGGUCGUACUUUCUCGUUUGGAGGGUCGAAGAAAAGCUCACCCCCAACUUCUGUGCCUGAAGAGCCCAUGCCUAGGCCAUUCACCUCUGAUGUGUCGACUCCAGAGCGGGUCUCGCCGCUCGGGAGGGCUCGGGCAACCACGUCGUCCACUUCGAGCACGGCCACUCCCCCCAAGCUUGAGGAGGAGUUUGAUUUGGGAGGAGACUUCAGCAAGAUGCUCAGUUUCGACAAGAGGCAGAGCGUCAUGACUCUGAAGGGGGAAAAUGCGUCCGAUCGUCAGGCUCUAGGCCCUCGCUCGCUGACGGGAAACCGCCUGAACCAACCUGCUCCGCUGCAUAUCGACAAAUCUUCUCGGAUUGAGGCCUCUCCGCUUUCGUGGAACAGUCACAACUCUGGCGAGGGGCUCCUUGCCGCGAGCCCAAACCUUGCCGCCCAACCGCGGACGAACGAGAAUGUCCCUCCCCCCGUCCCCAAACACACAUCGAACAAACUUUCUUCACCGUCAGAGCCUGGCCCCCAGCGUAGGAGUGCCACCUAUGGCAAUCGGAACUCGGCCGAGGCCGAGGAUGAGGACACCUCGCUCCUCACCGACAUCUCCGCUGCAAGCAAGUUCUUGUCUACGAACAACACCCCGACCCAGGGUGCAGGUCGUUAUCGCCGGAACGAAGACACUCUCGGAAUCGGCUUCCGACAGGUCCAGUCCGAGUCUCAUCUCUCCAGGCUAGACAGCAAGGACGACGACAACCUCUUUGAUACCGGCCUAGCGGCUUCCAGCAGAGCCGCGAGCCGCUACGUCUCCCGGCGCCCGAGCCCCCCGCGCAACAAGGUGAUGACGCCUGCUCAGUUUGAGCGGUAUCGCCAGGAUAAGGAACGCCAAAAUUCGCCCCUAGACGAGACGACGCCGAGCAAGGACAACGAUGACGAGGAAGACGAGAUCAACUACGAUGAUGAUGAGGACGAGGUUGAGAAGUCCAAGGAAGCGGCGAAGCAGAGGAGGAAGCAGGAGGCACACAUGGCCGUCUACCGCCAGCAAAUGAUGAAGGUCACUGGAGAGCCCUCCUCAGGCCACCAGUCCCGUCCCAGCAUCGCAUUGUCCUUCAGCACCCCGAAUCUGUUCAACCCACAAGGCCAGUCCCCUCCAAAGUCGAGCGGGAACUCUGAGAGUGAGGAAGAAGAUGAAGAGGUACCACUGGCCAUCCUUGCGGCUCAUGGGUUCCCUAACAAGAACCGCCCACCGACCCGCCUGAGCGCUAUGAUGUCGAACCCGAACCUCAGGGCUGCUGCCCAGGCACCGAGUUAUCAGCGUCCGGGCUCCGUUGCCGACGGUGCCCACGCACCGCCCGCUCCUCAAGGGGGUGGCGGUGGUGGCGGCAGCGGCGGCCGUCUACCAGUCUUCGCGCGAAACCUUCCCCAGGACCCCUACGUCGGUGCAGGCCUCAUCAACCACGCCCCUAGGGAGAGCCUAUCCUUUAGUGGAGGGUCUCCGGCCGCCGGAGUGCCACCGGGCGGUCUGGUCGGUGUCAUCGCUAGCGAGGAGCGUUCGAGGGCCCUCAGGCGUGGCAGCCCCUCUGUCGAUGCCCACAAGCCUAUGCUUUCAUUCGGUGGCGGAACAGGCGGCUUUGACCCCAUGGCCGGAAUCCCCCCCAAUAUGAUGUACCCGAGCGCUCACCAGCAAAAGCCGUCCACCGACCAAACUCAGAUGCAGAUGAACCAGCAGAUGACGCAGUUCAUGCAGAUGCAGAUGCAGUUCAUGCAAAUGCAGAUGAUGGCGAACCAGGGUGGUGGCAACCGAAUGAGCAUGGUCAUGCCCAACAUGUCGAUGGGCAUGAUGGGACCCGGCGGAAUGAUGGGUAUGGGCAUGGGAGGACCCGAAACCAUGAGGCACUCCUUCAUGGAUAACGGCUCCGUCUACGACAUGCCGAUCAGACCCGAGAGCCAUAUGCGCUCCAUGAGCAUGGUGCAGCCUAGCUCUGCGUCGUGGAUUCAGCCACCACCAAACCCUGGCUACGCUCCCAGCAUCCGCAUCCAGGGCGCCAACGGAUACGCCCCUUCGAUCGCUCCCUCGGAGCGGAGCAACAUCGGUCUGCCUGGGAGGUACAGGCCGGUUUCGCAUAUGCCGGCCCCCAAGACCUCUGCAUCGCCGUCCUUGCCGUCGCCUCUGGACCACAACAGGAUGUCUUCGAUGUCGGGAGCUCUUGGAGGCGGGGGCUGGGACCAGAACCGAACAAAGUCCCCCCUUCAGUCCUCUGCAGUCCAGGCUUCCGACGACGAGGACGAUGAGGAAGCAUGGACCGCCAUGAAGCAGAAGCGAGAGAAGAAACGGUCCCUGUGGAAGACUAAGAAGUCUAUCGGCGGCGACAUAAGCGCCAUGAUUCGAUGAUCAUAUCUCGCACCAUCUCAACUGUCGUUUGGCCAACUGGAUGUCUUUUUGGUGGGGUAUUUUUUCCCCCUCUAGCCACAUACUGCUAGAAUUUACAUGCAAGAGUUUGAAAGAACACCGUAAUUUAUUCAAUUUCUUUUCUCUCGCAUGUUAUCUCGCCGCGCUUGCUUUUGACAGCUUUUCUGGAUUUUUCAAGCUCACCAGGUCGAAAAAGCUUUCUCCAUCUUCCUUUUUUGGAUUCCACAUCCGUACACUCCUUGUACCUAUCUUCUUUGCAUUUGCUCACACCUCGCUCCUUUUCUUAUCACAUAUUGGCGUUGGCUUUGAUGCUUGAAGAUAGGAUGGGAUAUAUUGGACUGCUUAUACAGGAACGACUCAUGAUAGACAGGCAAACAUGACUGCCUCCUAUAAUAUAAUACUUGAAGAGCCGGUAUAGAGCUUCGUCACGGACAGCGUAUAUUUCUAUCUGAUAAAUCUAAUCCGUCUUGCCCGCGGCCCAACCUUGUCUCCUCACUCCCAUCUCGACA